AUGUAUAUAUAUAUCUUUGCCUUUUUUUUAUCUCUUUAUGUUGUUUGCUCGUACCGCCCGUCGAGUGUAAGUGACAGACCCAACAGGUUAAUCCAUUGCUUCAUGUCAGCCAAAGCUCCUCCAAAGACGCUCCACCAGGUGCGGAACGUGGCGUACAUCUUUGCCGCAUGGGCAGGCCUCCAAAGGGGGUUCGCAGAGAAGUCUGCCAAUGAUAAGCUGUGGUUGGAGCAUCAGCGACGGGUACGUCAAGAGAAGGUGGAGCGACAGCAUGCAGCACAUGCUCUUGAGGACUUGAAUAAUAAUGGGGAGCUGGAGAGGGCCAUUCCCGCCAUCGUGCCCAAGGAGCUUCAGGGGCUUGUUAAGGCGCUUAAACAGUAG